CUCUCAGCGGCUGUGAUGAACCUCAAUGAAGUUGCUGUCCUAGCUAAGCCUUGCCUAUCAUUCGUCUUUAACUACAUCAUGUCUGCCCCCUUGGUGUCUUUAGUUGGGUGCUGUCAGCGGUCAUCUCGACUCCUCGUUGCUAGGCGACCAUGGAGUUCCAGCCCUGUGAGUUCGCCACCCCUGCACAAAAGGUUGCUCCUAUUCCUCACGGAACGUUUUUAUGACGUCGAGAUGCUCCUCAGAUGGAAGUCUGGGAUGAAAUGGAGAGGGCUACAGAAGAAGAAUGCUCACUACGGCUACACAGAGAACAUUCACGGGGCCAACAUUGCAUCAGCUUUCUACAUCUUGAGUUUGAAGGGUGGUUUUCGAUUUGUUGGCCAGUCAGAAUGGUUCCGUGCAAACCGAAGGGGCAAGUUCAGUUGGGAGUUCUUGAAAUACAAAGACACACCUCUUGAGGAAGUAGACAUGAGCCAUACAAUCAUCAACUACAUUGGACUGUCAAAUUUGGAGACACAGCAGUCUUUGCGCACUCUUUCCGUACGAGGAUGCUCUGAGGUGGAUGACUGGUUUUUGGCCAGGCUCCAUGUGUUCCAAGACUCUUUAAAGGAGCUUAACAUCUCACAUUGCCCACGCAUAACCACAGGCGGAUUGGCUGCCCUGAGGAAUCUUAAGGGACUGCAGCGGCUGGAUAUGUCAGCCCUCCAAGGGAUUUCAAAUCCUGGGUUGGUGGUCAUUUUGUUGGAGGAAAUGUUACCACAAUGUGAGAUCAUUGCUUCUGGUUACGAUUACAGCGUAGAGCCUGAAGGAGUUUAUAAACAGAGCGGCCAAGGGUAAGAGAGUAAACAGGGACAAUAGUCAGAAUCCCAAUCAUUGUUGUGUAAGACAGACAAAAUUCUGAAAUCACAUCUUGACAUACCUAAAAUAGGAGUUUGACUUGAGUGGAUUUUAUGGAUAAUUAAAAACAUCCAAUCUGAAUGUCCAUCCAUAUUAGAUUAUCAGGUCAGAUCUAUGUAUUAUCUUUGUGUUUGUAUGAAAGGAAAGUUUUUUUCUGUAUAUGAAAAUAAAAUAUUUGCUUCUAAUAUUUGUUUACAUACUCAAAUACAGGCUCAUCUGACUCAUAUUUGUAAAUGUAAUGUCUGAUAUCUGCAAUAAUGCUGUUAAUAUCUUCAAUGUAGGAUUUGAUGGAGUAAUGGAGAAAAUAGAAUAAGUAUUUUGUCAUUUUAAGUUGAGAAAGUGAAAGAUGGUAGUCUUGCACCAUACAAAGUUGUAUCAUUCAGUUAACACUAUCGUAAGUGCAUUGAGCAAAGUAUUUCCCUCUACAGUAAACCACUAAAGAACACAAUGUUUGCACUGUCUGUCCUUUUAUGUAAUAAAUAAUAAUAAUUUAAAAAUAAAACAGCAUAAUGGGAGCAAGAAAUCAAGUUUAGUAAAUCAAUCACAAUCUUUCUUUUUUUUUUUUUUCAUAUAUACUAGGGGUGUAACCCACCAAUGUCACGACGAUGUGAUACUUAUUUUUUUGGGACAACUAUCCGAUUUUUGCCGAUAUUGCAAAGCCUGCCACGUUUCAAUUCAUGGGCCUUCUAUUGAUUCAAUACAAUAUUAUGUAAAGAUUUGACACGUUUUUCCACCCAAAGCAUUACAAAGCCUUUUUGUGUUUUUGACAAUUUAUUGCCGAAAAUGUUUUAACAUUAAAAUAAAA